GCGGGGUCCCCAUCGCGCUCCCUCCGCCACCUCCGACCUAACCCCGCCCCCGGGCGCUCAUUGGCCGGCACCGCACCCCGCAGGCUGCCAAAGUCCGGGGAGGGAGGCGGGGGUCGGUGGCCUGGCUGCUGCCCCGGGCCUGGCUUCUCCGGCAGGACAGAGCCGGGCUGGGCGGCCGCGCGGUGCAGGGCGGCCCACGGAGAGCGGGGGCGCCGCGCUCAGGCCCCGGGCGGUGACUAGCGGCGGCAGCUGCGGGCGAGCGCGGUCCCCGCGUGCGCACACGCACCCGCCGCGGCGCAGGGACACACGGACCCCGCCGCCUGCGGCCGACGGGCGCCCAGAGCCGGCUUGGCGAGCUCAGCGGCGCGCUCGUCCGCAUCUCCGGCGGCGCAGGGCGCGGAUCGCCUGCAGCGCGCCUUCCCCGCCGAGGCUGCCCCGGGCCAACCCGUGGCCCCGCGGCCAGGUCCCGCCUUGAGCAGACCGCGGGCAUCUUGGGGCUGAGCAGUGGCUACUGGGCGCAGGAGUGCGGCAGUGCUGGUGGAGAAGCACCAUGGCCGGCGUCCUACAGGUCUCCCUGGCUGCACUCCUCCUGCUGCCUGCGGCCACUGCCAUGCACUCUGACUGCAUCUUCAAGAAGGAGCAAGCCCUGUGCUUGGAGAAGAUCCAGAGGGCCAAUGACCUGCUGGGCCUGAACGAUUCCUCCCCAGGCUGCCCUGGGAUGUGGGACAACAUCACAUGUUGGAAGCCUGCGCACGUGGGUGAGAUGGUCCUGGUCAGCUGCCCCGAACUCUUCCGAAUCUUCAACCCUGACCAAGCCUGGGAGACAGAUACCAUCGGAGAGUUUGAUUUUGCCGAGAGCACCUCUUUGGAUCUCGCGGACAUGGGGGUGGUGAGCCGGAACUGCACGGAGGAUGGCUGGUCCGAGCCCUUCCCUCACUACUUCGACGCCUGCGGGUUCGAUGAGUAUGAGUCUGAGCCUGGGGACCAGGACUAUUACUACCUGUCGGUGAAGGCCCUCUACACGGUCGGCUACAGCACCUCCCUCGUCACCCUCACCACCGCCAUGGUCAUCCUGUGUCGCUUCCGGAAGCUGCACUGCACGCGGAACUUCAUCCACAUGAACCUGUUCGUGUCCUUCAUGCUGAGGGCCAUCUCCGUCUUCAUCAAAGACUGGAUCCUGUACGCCGAGCAGGAUAGCAACCACUGCUUCGUCUCCACCGUAGAAUGCAAGGCUGUCAUGGUUUUCUUCCACUACUGUGUCGUGUCCAACUACUUCUGGCUGUUCAUCGAGGGCCUGUACCUCUUCACGCUGCUGGUGGAGACCUUCUUCCCAGAGAGGAGAUACUUCUACUGGUACACCAUGAUCGGCUGGGGCACCCCAACAGUGUGUGUGGCGGUGUGGGCCACGCUGAGGCUCUACUUCGACGACACAGGCUGCUGGGAUAUGAACGACAGCACAGCCCUGUGGUGGGUGAUCAAAGGCCCUGUGGUUGCCUCUAUAAUGGUUAACUUUGUGCUUUUCAUCGGCAUCAUCAUCAUCCUGGUGCAGAAGCUUCAGUCGCCAGACACGGGUGGCAAUGAGUCCAGCAUCUACUUAAUAAAUGUAAGCCUGGGAGUCCCCAAGAAAGCCCGAGAGGACCCCCUGCCUGUGCCCUCAGACCAGCAUUCACUCCCUUUCCUCAGCUGCGUGCAGAAAUGCUACUGCAAGCCACAGCGGGCUGAGCAGCACUCUUGCAAGAUGUCAGAGCUGUCCACCAUUACUCUGCGGCUGGCCCGGUCUACCCUACUGCUCAUCCCGCUCUUUGGAAUCCACUACACGGUGUUUGCCUUCUCCCCGGAGAACGUCAGCAAGAGGGAAAGACUCGUGUUUGAGCUGGGCCUGGGCUCCUUCCAGGGCUUCGUGGUGGCCGUGCUGUACUGUUUCCUGAAUGGGGAGGUGCAGGCGGAGAUCAAACGGAAGUGGCGCAGCUGGAAGGUGAACCGCUACUUCGCUGUGGAUUUCAAGCACCGGCACCCGUCCUUGGCCAGCAGCGGUGUGAACGGGGGCACCCAGCUCUCCAUCCUGAGCAAGAGCAGCUCCCAGCUUCGCAUGUCCGGCCUCCCGGCUGACAACCUGGCCACUUGAGCCGCCCUCCCCUCCUCCUCUCCUCGCACACAGGCUGGGGCUGCGGGCAGGCGGGGCCCACGCAUGUUCGCGCCUCUUCCCUCCCCUUGGGCAGGCCCUGGGCUGGAAGCUGGGGCCCAAGGAGGGGAGAAGGAGGCGGGGCACAGACUGGAGUUGCCCCUCCCAUUUUGGUACUAGCCCCACCCAUCAUGUCCCCUGGGCUGAGACCCCAGACAUGUAAAUAGUCCUUGAAUUUGGAAAGGUGUCCCCUCCCUGCCCCACUGUGUCUUGGCCAGCCUCGGGGAUGGCUUUGACCCCAGAUGUGAGGCCUGGUGAGCCGAGGCUGAAGGGACUUCGGAUGUGGGGAGCCUCUUGGGCCCAGACCCCAUCCCUGGGGCCCUGCUGGGGUGCCCAGAGCAUCCUGCUCUGUGGCCCAAGGCUUCCUCUUGCUCACCCGGCAGCUCGGUGUCCAGGGGCCCAACUCGUGGACACUGGGGCAGGAGGACAACUCCAGGCUCUUUCUAUGGGACACUUGUUGGGGGUGUGGGCGAGGGCCAGGGGACGUUCUGGUGCUUUUCACUUGAUCCAAGACAAGCCGAGAGCCAGAAGUGUGACUGUGAAUGGGAAGGAGACCGAGUAAAAGUGGGAGCCCCGCACACAAAGACUGGCCCCCUCCAUAACUGCACCCUGGACCCAGUUGGGCAGGGGUCGUGUGGUUGCCUCCUGCCCCUCCUGUCCCCAGAGAAGCUAUCCCCAACCACGUCCACCAGCUGCCCCCUCCCCAUUGCCCCUUAUGUCAAAGCCAUGACUAAGAUGAACCAGCCGCCUUCCUGUGAUCUGUGACGUCAGCGAAUCCUGAAGCACCUUACACCUCCAGGGACCCAAGUCCGGAGCCCAGGGUCCCCCCGACCCCGCACUCCUGUGAAUGAUGAGGAACUCCAGGCACCAGCUCCUUGGGCCUGGACUCAGCUACCGAGCUCUCCCUAAACCUCUGCAGACUUCCCUCCGUGUGCCCUUGACAUGAACUCAUUGAGGGCCAGCAGGGGGUCCGGAGGAAGGAAAUGCCACACCCCCAUACCCAUUAGCAGAAGCUGCUGAUGGCGGGGGCUUUGGGUGGGACCACUGCUCCCCAGCACCCAUGGUUGCGCCCCAGCCACAGCCUAGGGAUUUGUAGCAGGAGGGCGGGAGCAGGUUCCGGAAAGGUGGAGGAACAUGCUGGUACGCCAUGGCCCCUGGAGGGCCCAGCUCAUUCCGUGUCAGCUCUCCGUGUUGCUCUCGUGCCUGUGUUUGUGGAUUUGUUUCAUGGCCGUGUUCGAGAAUGCUUAGCAGUCUGCGUGGAAGGGUGCUGCUUGGCUUGGCUCUACGAAGAAGGGACCUGGGGGACUUGCUGGGAUUUAACGAAAAACCCCAAGUCCUAGGCCAGUGAAAUUCAUUCCUGGGGCUCUGGCAGAGCCAGAGGAAGAAAGGAACUACCUGCCCUGUCUUGGGCGCAUUCGGUGGCUCCGACAGUGGCCUCGCAUCACUGCACCUGACCACACGGUCCCCUCCUGCUGCCCUGGGAGCCACAUGUGUCACCCAGGCAGGUGUCAUUGUGCUUGGGACACUCCUGUGGGGGCUGGGCUGCUUCGAAGGAGCUGAGGUCCAGGAUUCAGAGACCCAGAGUCUGCCCCAGGUGGACUCAGCUUGCCGUGACUGUGGACACUGUGCUCCCUGCUCUGGGCCUCAGUUUCCCCCCUUGAGAAAUGAGGCACCUUCUAAAGCAUCUCUGGGUUCUGUACUUCAUUAAUUAGCUAGUUCAAAGCCAAGGCAGAUAAAAGGGCAUGCAUCGUUGUUGUUGUGUGUGUUGGCUAAGGUUUUGGUGUGUGGGUAUGUCUCUGUGUGUGUCGGGGAGUGGGAUGCUGUUCGUUUUCCCUUUCUUAGUAGGAGCUUCUGUUUCCUCUGGACACCACAGUGGACUGGAGGGAAGGAUCAGGUCAUGGGCAUUGAACAGGUGCCUUAGCAUGGUACACAGACACAGGCCUGUAUGCUGACUGGGUGGCCGCUGGCCACCUCCACAUCCAAGGAGAGUCUCCCAGGUAUGGACCCAUUCAUCUGCCAUCACCCCCACCAACAGGCCUGCCUCGCUGCGGAAGAAGCAAACUUGACCUUGUAGCUACACCAUCACAAAACAGCAAAAACUGGCUGCCCUGCUUCCUGAGCCCUGGGGGCAUGUCCUCUGAUGGUCCUGGCUCCUGUGGGGUUCUGUUUAUUUUCUAUCCAACUGAAUUUUCGCUAGUCUUGUGACCAGAGUUUGUACCUGAUGUAUUUUGAAUUUCCCAGAAAGUUCCAACCUUAAGGUAGACAGGCAAUUGUGUGUAGGGGGCAGCAUGAGGUCUGGGUAAAACCCUCCAUCUCUGACUCUGUUUUCCAAUCUGUAAGAUGGGUAGCAAGACUGGGUGGUUUGUGAUAGCCCACUGCAUCUCUGACAUCCUCCAUCUGCACACAGGGCAUCUGUUCAGAAAGGGCCCCAGGUGAGAAUGGUGGUGUGCGCUGGACCAGGAAAGGAUCCGAAAUCCUGCCUCGUGAGGAGGACUUGAGGGACGUGGGGGGGCCUGGGCUGGGGCAGAAUGGAGGUGCCAGCCUUCAGGCCCAUGAGGCUCACUCCUGGGAAGGGGUUCCUGUGCUCUGCAGUCAAGAACGACAGAAAUGGCCCUUGAGAGGCUCAGUUGUCUCUGGGAUGAGCCAAGUUCUCAUCCUCUGUUGCGAUGCUCCCGUGAUGGACAGGCAGGCAGUGAAAGGAGAAGGACCUCCAUCCUGGGAAGAUGGGGCUCCAAGCUCACACUGGCGUGGAAUCUGGGAGGGGUGUGGAGGCUGGCAUUUGGGUGGCUCACUGGCUUUCUGUGGUCCCCAGCACGGUGGGUCUCAUGACUCCACCAUGCUUGAGGCCAGGCCCCAUCCUGUCUCCGUGGGCAGCUCUGUGGGCCUCCUUUUCAUGUCCAGUGGUCUCCAAUGAUUCUAGCUCUUCUCUAACCCCCACCCUCUGGGGAUCCAGGCCAGGGAGCUAUAGCCAGGCUACACCUGUGUCCGGCAUCACCCACAAGGACCCGUCUUCUUGAGCUGACACUCUUGUCUUCCUGGGAAAGGCAACUCAAAGAAGGUCUUUUUAAUUCUCUGAGGGUCCUGGCCCCCUUCAGAGUCCCUUCAAGGUGAAAAUAGUAAGGACAUGAUUAUCAUCAAGUCUUGCUUGAGCCCAGAGACUGUGAAAGCUUGAGGAGUUGUGAGCAGGGAGCAGGUGAAUUGGACUUCUCCCUGCUUUGCCACUGGGCUGCUAUUUGACCUUGACUCUUUCCCGUAUGUUUUUGCGGGAGAUGCAACAUCCCAGAGCUGGGAGGAAGCCUGGAGCCCUGCAGGUCAGGACUCCCCACUGGGCUGGUAAGGAGACACAAGUGGUCCUGCCAUGGGUGCUUGCCGCCAUGUUGGGAUCCAACAUGGCUUCCUGAUCAUCUUACUGAGGAAAUGGCCCAGCCCAUGGGUGCACAACCUUGUACACAAACCAGAACAUGAUGAGAGUAGUCACACAACCAACAUUUAACCUUGCACAGGUGGAGUGCUUGGCUACACAGCAUUGUUUAGGAAUCCAUGCUGGAGGAGAAGCAAUGCAGCCAGCCUGGCAUAGGGAGACUUCUUUAUCCCACGUACUCUGCAGCGCGAGGCUGACCCUCUGCGGGUCUCUGCCUCCUAAUGUGAGAAAUGUGCACUGUCUGUUCCCCAGGCCAGGGACAGGGUUGACGUGAGGUGCCCUCGUGCAUGAAAAGACUCUGGGUACUGGCUCCUUACAGGGAUGAAGGGACUCCUUGCUGUUUGUCUAGUGCUUGGAGCCCUCCUGGGUUAACCUUUACUCAAUUUGUAAAACCACCAGCAUUGAGGGUAAGGGAGAGGCCAGUGGGCUCUCACAGACACACAAUUCUAGCUUCGUGGUCAUGAGCUGAUUCACUUUGACCUGAGAAUUAGGAUGGGGAGACUUCCAUGUGAAUGAUGUCAUCUGCCUGGAAAUCUUCGAGGAUUUGGUACAUUCCUCAAAUGGACUGCGUGCCCAUUCCUUCUCCUUCCCUGAACUCAAGGUCCCAGGAUGUGUCUGCCCUUGGCCAUGUCUGUCUUGUCUGUGUCUGUCUUCUGUAGCUUUGUGCCUGUCAGGGCUGGAGUGGAGCAACCUCCUGGCAUCCCAGACGUGGACCCAGGCUGACUCAUUGUAGCUGGACCAGCCUGGAUUGUAACUCCCACAGUAAAGAUAAGCCCACAGAUCUCACUGCUACCGCUACUGCCAUUAAUGCUGUGCUCACAACCUUGUCUGGGAUUUUAAGGAUGUCCAACUGCUGUAGAUGACUCAAUAAAUGUCUUAUCAUUUUUCCUG